AUGAAAUCUACUACUUCACGUAAGCACAAGAUCACAGGAGGUAAAGCCACGAAAGCUACAAAGAAGAUGAUGACCAAGAAGAAACCAAGUCAGAAGAAGAAGAUCAAUGCGUGGGACAGUGACGCAAAAUCUGAUAGUGAGAGUGAUGGCUCAAUAUUUGAUAUUGAUGCCAGUGGAGAUGAGAAAAUAAUAAUGACGGAAGAUACAGACAUGUCCAAGCAAAGUAUUGAGCAGAUUUAUUUGAAAAAAACACAAUUAGAGCAUAUUUUACUGCGUCCAGACACAUAUGUGGGCUCCAUUGAGCACGUAGAGCAAAAUAUUUGGAUUUCUGACGAUGAGAAGAAGAAAAUGGUGAUGAAAAAGAUCAUGUAUGUACCAAAGCAUCAAGUAUAUGUGCCAGAAUUGAUCUUCGGCCACUUGCUCACGGGAAGCGAUUUUGAUGAUAACAAGAAGAAGGAAACGACGGGUGGACGAAAUGGUUACGGCGCGAAAUUGGCCAAUAUCUUUUCAAAUGAGUUUAUUGUGGAGACAGCAGACUUGAGUACGAAACAUCGAUACAGACAGGUAUUUGAAAGCAACAUGGGUAGGAGAAACCCGCCUUCGAUCACCAAGUGGACGCAAAAAGCGUUCCCUGCGGAGAAGUCGUUACCAACACCACGCAGUGGUUCUUAA